AUGCGACCCCACGUGAUAGAGAUCCAGAGCAGCUGCCACGUGGCAGUGUCCCAUUUGACGCUGGUCAACGCGCCCUUCUGGUUCAUCCGCCCCCUCUACUCCUCGCGCCUCUCCUUCCGCCAUCUCACCAUCUCUUGCCCCAGCAACGUCAGACAGACAGACGGGAUUGACCCUGACUCCAGCACGCAUGUGCUUAUAGAGGACUGCCACGUCAGCACAGGGGACGAUGCGGUGGCAAUAAAGAGCGGAUGGGACCAGUACGGGUACAACGCCUACCCCCCGGCACCCUCUGCUGACAUCACCGUGCGCCGAGUCACCGUGCAGGUCCCGCCUGGCAGUGGCGGCGUGGGUCUCUCAAUCGGCAGUGAGAUGAGUGGAGGCGUGCAGAGAGUCACAUUCGAGGACUGCCGAGUGCUCGGUGCUGACGUGGGCAUCAGAAUCAAAUCCGCCGCCGGACGAGGCGGGUUCGUUAAGAAGUGA